ACAGACCUGUUCAGCUACAGGAGACACCUGAGGAGCACAGACACUUCAGGAAUGAGCAUCAGAUGGAUAAGACUGGACCAGGACCUGGAGGGAAGACCAGAGUCGACUGUAGACCAUGUCUGUCCCCAGAAGGCGGUGGUGUUCCCCUGCAGUACGAGGCCUGGUCUUUUGGGUUCUACUGAUGAACAUCAUGCUGGUUCUGUACUGCCUCUCAAACCCAACCCAACCAAACAUCAGGAGUUCCCAGGAAGACACAUGUCCUAUCAGAAUGUCCAAACUAUGGAAGGAGAACCUGACCACCCCCCUUCAGAACACAAAACCCCAGUGUUCACCUAAAGUCCACAUCAUGUUCAUGAAGACUCACAAAACUGCCAGUAGCACCAUACUCAACAUCCUCUUCCGAUUUGGAGAAAAACACCAGCUGAAGUUCGCAUUCCCCGAUGGUCGCAAUGACUUCUUCUAUCCAUCUCCAUUCCAGUGUUCCCAGGUCAAGGACUACAAACCUGGAGACUGUUUCAAUAUCGUGUGUAACCAUAUGCGCUUUGACUACCAGGAAGUAUCCAAGCUCCUGCCUCCAGACGCCGUCUACGUCACCAUCCUUCGAGAUCCAGUCGACCUCUUUGAGUCUUCCUUCCACUAUUACCACCAGGCAGUUCCCCUCACGUGGAGCAUCAAAAGUGACAACAAACUGGCAGAGUUUCUCAACAGUCCUCAGACCUUUUACAGACCAGAAGCGUUUAACUCAUUCUACCUAAAAAACCUGCUCUUUUUUGACUUUGGGUUUGAUAACAACCUGGAGUCUGACAACCCUCGUGUAACACAGGCUCUUCACACUUUAUCCCAACGUUUCCACCUGGUCCUCAUGGCAGAAUAUUUUGAGGAGUCUCUUAUUCUGCUGAAGGACACACUCUGCUGGACUCUGGAAGACGUGCUCUAUUUUAAGCUCAAUGUCCGUAAGAGCUCCAGUGUGUCUCCGCUGAGCCUUGAGCUCAGAGCCAAGGCCAUGAAGUGGAACGGCGCCGACUGGAGACUCUACCGGCAUUUUAACGCUACCUUUUGGGACAAAGUGGAAGCAUUCGGGCAAGAAAGAAUGAAACGGGAAGUGAAUGAGCUGAGGAGACGAAACGGUGAGAUGAAGGACCUUUGUAUCGAAGGAGGAGAUGCGGUUGAAGCUGACCAGAUCCAGGAGCGGCGGUUCGUGCCCUGGCAGCCGCUUGGAGAGUCGUCCAUCCUCGGGUACAACAUGAAAAAAGAUAUUGACCCCAAAUUCAGGACCAUGUGUCAAAAAAUGCUCACACCUGAGAUCCAGUACUUAUCAGAGCUGGGGGUGAGCCUGUGGCUGACAAGACUCUGGGGUUGGAUCAAAGACACACUUUACUGAGGGAUGCCUGGUAUCUUUAGUGUGACUUGAAUUUUAUAUUUAAAUGAAUAGGAUAUAAAAUGUAUAUGAUGACUAGGGAUGGGAAUUGAGAACUGGUUCUUUUUGAGAACCAGUUGUCAAUUGUUUUGCAUUGUUUUGGUUCAGAACAUAGCCAACAUGGCUUUGUUAUGACCCUGGGUCAUAAUUUGUCUAUUUAUAUGUAUAUGUGGCAGAAAUGCUCCAAAGUAUGGCUAUAAUUUACACGAAAGUCAACACCACGGCCACUUGAAAAGCUUCCAUUUCUUCAUUUGUCCACACAGCAUGCAAUUCAUUUGCAGGAAUGUCACAUAACCUAUUUGAUAUGGUACUUAGCGAAGCUUGUGAAUCGAGCAGUAGAGCAAACACCGGGGUGUUAUCCGGUCCUGGCCUGGUUCGGGUGGGGCAACAAACGUCCUGCCCCCUCAAAUAAAAGUUUCCAAAGGUAGGGGAAAGGAAAAUAUGGUGCACAACAACGGGAGAUAUAGAGGAAUUAGUAAAGUGUCAUAAGUUUUAGUUUCACUGUACAGUGCCCUCCACUGUCAUUGAUUAAAUGAUUAAAGGUGGACGUUUGGGUCUGUAAGGGUUAAAAGUGGACGUUUGGGUCUUUAAGGGUUAAAAGUGGACGUUUGGGUCUUUA